CAUGCGCAUUUCCAUCACCCUGCUUAAGCGACGACAUUUGAACCGCGCAUGCGCACAGGUCCGUUUCUCGGUAGCAGCGAAAAUGGCGUCGGUUACAAAUUACAGUGGCUAUAAUCAGGCUGGUGCCCAGCAAGCGUACGGCUCAUACGCAGCCCCGCCCGCUCAGGGAUACGGACAAACGGCACAGCAGGGCUACACUCAGCAGGACUACGCUUCGUACGCCCAGGCUCAGCCCGCUGCCACCGACUCUGCUUACGCCCAGACAGCCUCCUCUGCUGGAGGAUACACGCAGCAGCAGUACGCAGCCGCGUACGGACAGUCCACCACACCAGCGGCUUACAGUACUCCUCAGGCUGGAGCUCAGGGCUACACUCAGCCUGCACAGGCCUAUGGGACUAGCAGCUACUCUAGCACCACCGCUGCCGCUCCUCCUGCCACUCAGGCGUCGUACGGCACGCAGCCAGGAUACACCACUCAGUCCGCUUACUCCGGGUACGGCCAACCGGCUGCCUCGGCCACACAGAGUUACAGCGCUAGCACGCAGCCUGCCUACUCCCAGGGGGGUUACCAGGCCCAACAGUCUGCCUACGGGGGACCGCAGCAGUCCGCCUACUCUCAGGCCCCACCCCAACAGCCGCCUCCUUCUACAGCCUACCCUCCUCCAUCCAAUGGAUCCUACAGUCAGUCUCAGUACAGCCAGCCCGGCGCUCCUCAGACCGGCUACGAUCAGUCCGGACCUUACGGUGGUUACGGUCAAGGUGGUGUGAGCGGAGGCUAUGGUAGCUCCCAGCGUGGAGGUUACCAGGGAGACGGCGGUGGUCGCGGUGGCUACGACAGGCCAGGGAUGCGCGGCGGACCUCGGGGUCGCGGCCCGAUGGGUCGGGGCAUGGGCAUGGCUGGAGACAGAGGUGGCUUCAGUAAGCCUGGUGGAUCUAUGAGGGACGGAAUGGACGGACACCCAGGCGAGCAGGAUGAGUCUGAGAACAGCACCAUCUACAUCACGGGGUUGACCGAGAAGGCCACGCUGGCCGACAUGGCCGACUUCUUUAAACACUCCGGGACCAUUCGGAUAAACCGGCGCCUGAACCAGCCCGCCAUCAAUAUCUACACUGAUAAAGACAGCGGAAAACCGAAAGGAGACGCCACUCUGUCCUACGACGAGCCUUCGUGUGCCCGCGCCGCCGUGGAGCACUUUAACGGGAAGGAGUUCCAGGGGCGGAGGCUGAACGUGUCGAUGGCGCGAAGGAAAACCGUACCAGGGUUCAUGAGGGGGGGGAUGCCCAUGAGAGGAGGACCAAACAUGAUGGAUCGUGGAGGUAUGAUGGGUCGAGGUGGAGAUCGAGGUGGGUUCCCUCCCCGCGGAGGUCCACGGGGUGCCAUGGCCUGGGGAGGGCCACCAGGAGCCAACAACGUGCCAAAGAGAGCCGGAGACUGGGAGUGCCCAAACUCUGGUUGUGGGAACCAGAACUUUGCCUGGAGGACAGAGUGUAACCAGUGCAAAGCUCCAAGACCUGAGGGCAUGGCGCCUCCUGCAGGCGGAGAGCGGGGCCGAGGCGGGAUGUUUCGCGGGGGCAGAGGGAUGGAUCGCGGUGGGCCUGGGGGAAUGCGUGGAGGCUGGGCAGGAGAACCCGGAGGCUUUAGGGGUGGCCGAGGCGGAAUGGACCGGGGAGGGUUCAGAGGAGGAAGCCGUGGUGGACCUCCGAUGGACCGUGGAGCGAGGAGAGGGAUGGGACCCGGAAAGAUGGAUAUGAGAGAUCAGCGUCAGGAGCGCAGAGACAGACCGUACUGAAGCAUGUCACAUUUCCACAGUGAUCAACAUGUGUAAAAGCUUUUUUUUUUCUUUCUUUCUUUUCUUAAAAUGGUCUUUUUAAUUCCAAGUCCAUAUUUAUACAUGGUUAUCCAAUCACUGGCACAAACUCGUGUGUGUUCAUUAUUACCCUCGAUUUAGGAGUAUAGUUUGAUUUAUCGGACUUAGUUUUCUCUCUCUCGCAUUUCUCACUGUACAAUUCUUCAAUGUUGUCAGUUUUAUUUUGUAACCUCAGAACCACUUCCCCUCUCUGCACCCCAUGUACUACUCAACCCUUUUUUUUUUCUUCUUUUUUUAAAUAAACUUAAACUGGAUUGACUUUUAAUGUGA